CUUUUUUUUUCUUGUUCUUGUUUAUUCAACUAUACCCUUUUUUUUUACUGUCAUUUAUAUGCAAAAUAUAAAUAAUGAGCGAUCAUCCAGACAGUAAAAUUCAAACAUACAAACCCAAUCUAAGUCGAGAAUUUUCGACAGCCAGUCGCAUAUCUGAUUCCCCAGAGGCAACACCGAUGGCUUCUGAUGCCCAGGCAUUUAUCACACAACCUGUCAAGCGUGGAAGAUCGCUAGUACGUCCUGAAAGAGAACGCGUAGACCCUAAUCACCGGCAAUUCCAUUAUCGACAAGCUGCUAUUCAAGCGCCAGCAGAAACGAUCCAACCAAGUAGAACAGGCAAUUUGCCUCGUACGCUCAGCAGAAGAGAUACUACAAAGUCUGUCACUUUGCGCCGUGGCAAAAGUGUGCUGGGGCGCGAAGAAAAAGAGCCAAAUGAGGAUGAAUUUGUAUAUUAUCAGGAAGCAAAAAAGACAUGGAGAGAUCGACUGCCUGGACCAUGGAUGACUUAUUGUUAUCUACUCACUUGUUGCAUACCCCCUCAACUUUUAAGCUGCGUAUCAAGGCUGGUCCAGCUCAAACUGCAUGGAGAGAAAAAAUGGGUUUAAUUGGUGUUAUUCUUUGUAUUAUGGCUGCUGUUGGUUUCUUGACUUUUGGUUUUAACCAAGCCGCUUGUCCUGUGGGCGACAUAUCCAUUCAUGGUAAUGCUGUACCUCCAGGCUAUCUUGUUAUCCGAGGUUGGGCUUACAUGCUAGCUGAUUGGUCCAAUCAUCCUUCUUCUAAUGGCACUAUGAAUAUUCUGUAUCCUCCUUACAAUGGAAGUGGCAUGGAUGCUUCUUUUCUUUUCCCUCAAACAUUUUCUGAGUGUGAUAAUGUAUUUAUUCCUCUGCAGGGUCAACAGCCUAAUUAUUUCCCUUGUCAAAUGUUUAACCCCAACUCAACAACGCCUCCUGAUGUCUCAACCUACACCAAUAGGACACUUUGUCAUACUUCAAGCACUGCUGUCAACACGCUCAACUCAUUUUAUAAUCAAGGCGCACCCAAAAAUGAUGGCACUUUUAGCAAAAAAUCUAAAAUUUAUUAUGAAUAUGACGACUUGAACUCAACAACGCAUCUCAUGCUUUACAACGGCAAAGUGUUAAAUUUAGCCUUAUUACAAUCAUUACCAACAACAUACUUCUCGACUCCUUCAAAUGGGCUUAUCCAACAGAUUUUAAAUAACAUGGAUAGUUUUGCAGGAAAAGACAUGACUUAUUUGAUCCGGUCAAAGCCAAAUUCGACUUGGAUACCAGAAGCAGAUUGUUUGGCAAAGACAAUCGCUGUUGGGCAAAUUGAUACUUUGUCUGUUGGCUGUAUGUUUUCUGAAAUUGUGCUUUAUGUUUCUUUGGUUGUCAUUCUCGGUGUAAUUCUAGCCAAAUUCCUUUUAGCGGUUUAUUUUGGCUGGUUCAUGUCUUGGAAGCUAGGCAAUUUUAAAGAAGAAAGCUCUUAUGCUGCAAGAAUGAGACGAGAAGAACAAAUUGAAAACUGGACUAGAGACAUCAACGACAAUGGUCCUGUAGUGAGUGUACCAGCUCCACCUCCACCUCCUUCUUCACAAAAAAAGCACCGCACACUAUUUCCUCGUACAUCUCGAUUCACACCAUUAGAAUAUGGUUCUACCCGGUUUGAUUUUGAGAAACCACCUACACCUGCAUGGAGAAGUAACGCAAACACUGGAAGUAGACCUAACUCAGUCAUGUCCUUCUCAACACCUUCCUUCUCGAAUAAUAACAAUUACCGAGGAUCCACUGCAUCGUUCUCAAACUAUGUUACACCGGGCAUUUCGUCAUUCAGCUGGGAUGGUCGUAGUAGUGUUUCUAAUAACAGUGGAGCAACACCUUGUCCUUUCCCUUUGUCACCUUAUGUUGUUCCUCAACCUCCCUCUGAUUAUAUGCCUUUUAAUUACCCUUUGGCUCAUACCAUCUGUCUUGUCACUUGUUAUUCAGAAGGAGAGGAGGGUAUUCGUACUACACUGGAUUCGAUUUGUGUCAGCGAUUACCCGAAGAGUCAUACGAUGCUUUUGGUUAUCUGUGAUGGUUUAAUUACCGGUAGUGGUGAAACAAUGUCUACACCCGACAUUUGUGUAGGCAUGAUGCGGGAUUUGAUUGUUCCUGCCGACCAAGUUCAAGCUCAACCUUAUGUCGCUAUUGCUGAUGGUUCUAGAAGAAAUAAUUGCGCUAAAGUAUACGCUGGUUUCUACAAAUUCGAUGACAAAACAGUGCCUCCUGAACAACAAUCGCGUGUACCAAUGAUUACAAUUGUCAAAUGCGGUGGUCCCGAAGAAGCAGAUGCUCCUAAGCCUGGUAAUCGUGGCAAGCGUGAUUCGCAGAUUAUUUUGAUGCAGUUUUUGCAAAAAGUGAUGUUUGAUGAGCGUAUGACAAUGAUGGAGUACGAGUUUUUUAAUGCUAUCUGGCGUAUCACUGGUGUUUCUGCUGAUAAUUUUGAAAUAUGUCUUAUGGUGGAUGCAGAUACAAAGUUGUAUCCAGACGCGCUUUCUCGCUUAAUUUCUGCAGCUGUAAAAGAUCCAGAAAUUUCUGGUCUUUGUGGUGAAACAAAGAUUGCCAACAAAAAGGCUAGUUGGGUUAGCAUGAUUCAAGUGUUUGAAUACUAUAUUUCUCAUCAUCAAGCCAAGGCUUUUGAAUCUAUUUUUGGUGGUGUUACUUGUUUGCCAGGUUGUUUCUGUAUGUAUCGUAUUAAGGCACCCAAAGGUCCAAAUGGGUAUUGGGUUCCUAUUCUUGCCAAUCCUGAUAUUGUUGAACAUUAUUCAGAGAAUGUUGUAGAUACAUUGCAUCGUAAGAACCUUCUGUUGCUUGGUGAAGAUCGUUAUUUGACUACUUUGAUGCUUCGUACUUUUCCUAAUCGUAAAAUGAUGUUUGUUCCUCAAGCUGUCUGUAAAACAGUGGUGCCUGAUACAUUUAUGGUGCUCUUGUCUCAACGUCGUCGUUGGAUCAAUUCUACUAUUCACAACUUAUUUGAACUGUUGCUUGUGAAUGAUCUCUGUGGUACUUUCUGCUUUUCCAUGCAAUUUGUUGUGUUUAUGGAACUUGUGGGUACAUUGGCCCUUCCCGCUGCUAUCUCUUUCACGUUGUAUGUGGUCAUUAUUGCUAUUAUGGGCAAACCAGCUCUGUUACCCUUAAUUUUGCUUGCUCUUAUUUUGGGUCUUCCUGCUGUCUUGAUUGGUAUGACAAGUCGGAAGUUGGUCUAUGUUGGAUGGAUGCUUAUCUACCUAGUCAGUUUGGUUAUUUGGAAUUUCGUUCUCCCUACCUAUGCUUUCUGGCAUUUUGAUGACUUUUCAUGGGGUGACACUCGUAAAGUAGAAGGUGUUUUAAAAGACAAAGGCCAUGGCGAUGAAGGCGGUCAAUUUGAUAGUAGUGUGAUUACAAUGAAAAAAUGGAGUGAAUACGAAAUUGAUCGUCGAACUAAACUUGCCCAAGAAAACCAUAUGCCUGUUCCUCGAUUCCAAGAGCGCCAUAUGAAUGUAGACAUCUUUACUGAACGAAACACUGCUACUGAUACUGAGAAUGUAGUACGAAGAUAUAGUGAUUUGUCCAGCGCCAGUGCUCAAGCACCUCUGACGCAAGGCUUCCAAGAAGGAACACCUCUUGGUAUUAUACCCGUUAAAAAACAAGCAAAUGACGAACCAAAGAAUCAUAUAGAAGAAGCCGUUAUCCCUUCUUUAGAUCAAGGACCUGAAAAUCAUGAAUUAGGUUGGAUUCAACAAAGUACGCAUGAUAAUAACUGGGCAGAUCCAGCGCCUCAUCAUCAGCAUACUCAUUUUGAACAAGAGCCAUCACCUUAAUCUUUCAUUGUAUUUUUUUUAAAUAUCACGUGUACAAAUGUAUUGUUUUCUACUUUUAUUUUAUAUCAAUCAGACAAUAAAUAUAUCUCUCUUUUCCUUCUUGUA